UCCAUUUUUGGAUCCAUCAACAAACAACAACAUCAACAUCAACGAGAAAAAACAUUUCAUUUAUUUACAUUUUUGAGCCUUGCCCUUUUGUCUGGAUUUGUUUUUUGUCUGUGCCCAAAAAAAAAGAUUGUUCAAAUCAUUCGGAAAAUUUGAUCCAGAAACACAAAACAACGGUGAUAAUUUAUUUUCCAUUCAGUUUCGUUUUUGUUGCUGAAAAAAAAGAUAUCCAAACGCAUUUUUUCUACAAUGAAAUCAUCAUCAUCAUUAUUAUCAAUGUUUUUCAUCAAUUGGUUUAUCAUACAACAAUUAUUGUUGAUUACGAUUGUGAUUGCAUUGCAAAAAAAUCAACCAUCAUCAUCAUCAUCAUCGACAACAUUUGAAGAUUAUGAUACUGGUGUAUAUGAUAAUAAUUCUCCAUCCAAUAUUAAUGGUGGCCAUUCAAAAAUAACUAAUGAAAAUUUUAGUAUCGAGGCUAGUCCAAAUAAUAAUAAUAAUAAUAAUAAUAAUGAUGAUAUUGGUGAUAUAGAUGAUGGUAAAUCAUUUGAAUCUGAUAUUGAAUUAGAAAAUUUUUCAAAAACAAAAUUUAGUGAUGAACGUUUUGCACGUUUAUUUCCAUCACGUGGUGGUAUUGGUCGUAAUGGCCGUUAUGAUGAUCGUCGUUUACAACCAAAACAAUUAAUAAAACCUAAACCAACAUUGCCUUCAUUUAUUAAAAGUACACCACCAUUAAUAAAAGUACAAAUAACAACACCAUCACCAUCAAGAAAUUUAGCAAAUCAACGACAACGUUCAGUAACAGUACCACCAAUAUCGGCAAGAAAUAAACAACAACAACAACAACAAACAACACAACGUCCAAUUGAUAAUAUUCAAAAAGCUCGUAAUCGAUUAUUAGGACAACAACAACAACAACAAUCAUCAUCUUUACAAUCAAAUAAUCGACAAUUAACUGGUCGAUUACAACCAUCAUCGACGACAACAACAACAACAACACCAUCACCAUCAAGACGUCGUUAUAAUAGUGGUAAUAAUGGUUCUAUAAAUAAUAAUCUUAGUUCAAGAUUUUUAAGGAAUCAAAAUUCUACAAUACCAUCAUUGAAUCCACGUGGACGUAAUUGAAUUAAAAUAAAAAAACUAGAUUCAUUUGACAUAUUUUUCUUUCAAAAAAAUCUUUAUUUCUCUCUAUU